AAGGAGAUCAAACACAAAUCAUCACUUGAGGUAUCGACUAUUGUUUCCUUUUGUUGUUCUUGUGAUCUUCGGUUGCGAGAAGAAGUCAAGGGAAACACGUUCAAUGGCACGGGGAACCAUCGUACCCACCCUUCUAGUGUUUCUUCUGGCCGUUUGCUGUGCAACCUCCGUUGUGCAUGGCAAAGAGUGGACAGUCGGUGACAACAAGGGAUGGAGCUUCGGCGUCUCCGGUUGGGAGAAUGGCAAGCGCAUCCAGUCCGGCGACGUGCUUGUGUUCAAGUACAACCCGAGUAUGCACAACGUGGUGCAGGUGGGAGAAGCCGACUACAACUCAUGUACGGUUUCUGGCCCGUCGAGGGCUUACACCUCCGGCAAUGACCACAUCCAGCUUGCCCGCGGUGGCAAAGCAUUCUUCCUCUGCAGCGUUCCGGGCCACUGCCAGAAGGGCAUGAAGAUCGCUGUCACUGCUUAAUUGAUCUCGCGCAUAUGUGUGUCUAUGUAUUUUUACUUUGUACCAAAUCUUUAUGGUAUACUAUCCCAUGAUAAAUUGGUGAUAGAAGAAAUCAAUUGAUCCUACUUGUGUGUC